AUGGUGUUGAUGAUGAUGAUGACCAUGGUGCUGGCAAACAUGGCUAAAUCAGAGCUUCACUACGUUGGUGGGGACAAGUCUAGUUGGGGACCUAAUGUUAACUUGACAGAAUGGUCAAGUCAUGAGCACUUCCAUUUGGAAGAUUGGCUUUACUUUGGAUACGAUAGAAACGAGUAUAAUGUACUAGAGGUGAACAAGACUGGUUAUGAGAACUGCGUGGACACAGGAUUUGUUCAAAACAUAUCAAGGGGUGCAGGAAGAGACGUGUUUCAUCUAACAGAAUUCAAGACCUACUACUUCUUAAGUGGAGGAGGCUAUUGUUGGCAUGGGAUGAAGGUUGCUAUAUCUGUUACUGAAGGUGUUUCUGCACCCAAUCCAGCCACUUCACCAAAAGGUGGUGCUCAAGCAAGUUCGCCAAAAAGUGGUUGUGCUUCAGACGGCAUUCAAGUCAACCAAAAACUUUUGGAGUUCAUCUUUGUCUUGAUGUGGAGCAUCUCUUCAAUUAACAUCAGUUACUAGAAAUGGUAGACUAUAGGUAUGUGUACUAUAGCACCAGUUGUAAUUGUUUUAUUGAUUUUACUUUGUGAUGGUAAGUUAAGCAAUGGAGUUCAAGGUAUCUUUUAAAUUUAUUAGUAAAUUGGUUGGCCUAGUUCAAAUUUCACUCUCCCACCAUCAUUGUAAUGCCAAACAUUGUUUACUUGAGAAAACGAAAAAAAGGGGAAGGGAGAUAGUUUAUCAUGAA